ACCAGUUGAAGCGCUACACCGCUGCCGUUCUGCUCUAACGGCUCCGGUGGUAUGACCGGUUUUGUAGCCCGGAGCAGAACGAGUGUACCCCUCCACCGAUUUAUUUCAGCGAUGUUUCCUUGAUUUCUGCAGCUCCACAGCAGGGACACCGACGUAGGUAAGGGGUCCUGACAAGCCACGCCCACCAAACACCUGUCUCAGAAACGCUGGUGUCACCAGUUAAUGUUGAAUACCGGACUGAAGCUGGUGAGUUCCUCAGUAGACCGACAGGUGUUGAGUUUACCUGUACAGGUGAAGUUCAUCUCUGCAGCAUAGGUAAGGGGUCCUGACAAGCCACGCCCACCAAACACCUGUCUCAGAAACGCUGGUGUCACCAGUUAAUGUUGAAUACCGGACUGAAGCUGGUGAGUUCCUCAGUAGACCGACAGGUGUUGAGUUUACCUGUACAGGUGAAGUUCAUCUCUGCAGCACUAAUUGAAGGAUGAUGAAGGUUGCUGUUAUCGGUGCUGGUGCUGCUGGUCUCUGUGCAGCUCGUCACAUCCUGUCCUGUCCAGGCUUCUGUCCUCCGGUGGUGUUUGAACUCAGCCAUGAAGUGGGAGGAACCUGGUGCUACGAUGAACGGAUCGGGACGAACGACGGACGGCCGAUUCACAGCAGCAUGUACAGAGACCUGAGGACCAACCUGCCCAAAGAGGUGAUGAUGUUCCCAGACUUCCCCUUCGACCCUCAGCUGAGGAGCUUCAUUCCCCAUCAGGAGGUCCAGCGGUACCUGGAGAAGUACUGCCAGAACCACCACAUCUGGCCGCACAUCCGGUUCAACACUGUGGUGGAGAAGGUGGAGCCUGUCGUCGUGACAACGGCCGAGGAGACGAGGGCGACGUGGGAAGUGACGUCAUCUGAUUCCUCUGGUUGUCAGAAAACAGAGACCUUCGACUCGGUGUUCGUCUGCACAGGUCACUACUCAGAUCCUCACAUCCCUGACAUCCCAGGAAUACACAACUUUAAAGGACAGGUUCUCCACAGCCACUCGUACAGGUUUCCAGAACCAUUCUCGGGUCGGUCGGUGGUGGUUCUGGGAGCCAAAGCUUCAGGUCUAGACAUCUCCAUGGAGCUGGCUGAAGCUGGUGCUCAGGUAACUCUGAGUCAUCGUCAUCCUCCCCUCUCCUUCCCUCUACCUGCUGGGAUCCAGGAGUCCAGUUCUAUCGUCGCGUUCGAAGACGACGGCAGAAUUUGCUUCCAGGAUGGCUCGGUGGGCGGGGCUGACGUCCUGAUUUUCUGCACCGGGUAUAACUACAGGUUUGGGUUCCUGGACGGAGCCCAGCUGGGUGUGGACAUCCAGGACGAGGUGCUGUUGGGUCUCUACCGCCUCAUGAUGCCGCCCGGCUUCCCCUCGCUGUUCUUCAUCGGCAUGUGCAAACUCAUCCUCCCCUUCCCCAACUUUCACUGCCAGGUGUUUUGUGCGUUUCUCCUCCACCUGCAGCCUCCAGGUGUGUCAGGUGUUGAGCUGGAUGUUGGGUUCUUUCAGCUCCUGUCGUCCCUGCAGGUCCAGUUUGCUCUGGCCGUGUUGGACGGUUCUGUCGUUCUGCCUCCUCGGGCUCAGAUGGAGGAGGAGGCUCAGCUGGCGCUGCAGGAGAAGGAGGAGCGUGGAGUGGAGCGGCGCCACCUGCUGGUCCUGCAGCAGGACCAAUGGGAGUACUGCAGGGCCCUGGCUCAGUCCGCCGGCUUCUCUCCCAUUCCUCCGGUGAUCCGCAGCCUCUACGAGGAGGUCUGGAGGCAGCGACGGAUUCACCCCAAGAACUACCGAAGGACCAACUACCGUCUGGUCAGCGACACCGAGUGGCAGGUGGUGGACUGAAGGAUGGAACACACCUGGAGGCAGAACUGGGAGGGGCCUUCCAGAACCGGAGGAUAUUUUACAUCAAAUUUCAGAUAAUCCAUGUAGAAAACACUAAAACAUGCAGCAGUUGUGUAAAAAUCUAAAAAAAAAACUAGGAGAAGAGAAUGUUUGAAAAUGUUUUUAAAAAUAACAAGUCUGAAGUUCCUCCUAAAAUGCCGUUUUUCUCUUGUCCCACCCCCCUGAUGACCAAACUGAAUGUCUAAUAAAACCAUUCAAAUGAAAUAUAAA